CUAACUCACGAUGCCCGAUGACAUCACCAAACGGGCCUCCCUCACGUCUGGAACAGGUGGUGACACUGUUGAGGGUGGGAAUGGGCAGGGGGUCGUCCUGGCGUCCCCUCCCCAGCGCUCCCAGAAGCGGUGAUUGACUCACACUGGUGGAAUACCAGCCGUAGUACACCCCAUAAAUAGCCGACUGACUUCAUACGUCUGGCGGAACGAGGCUGAUAAAAAUCAGCUGUCGCCGUGGAACAGCCCAUAGAGAAGCAGAGAGACAGCGGUGGACGGCAGCCCAGCGACACAGAGACUGUACACUACUGCACGGGUCAGCACCAAGCAACAGGACUGGUCAGGAAGCAGAAGGCAGAAUCGGCAAAUCUGCCAGGUGUGAACAGGCUGUCUGAGUCACGCCUCAGAGACCCCCUCUCUCUGCACGGACGAGAAGCCUCCCCUGCUUCCAUCCAAGAUAGAUCGCUGCUCUAUCUGUCCAAAGCGGCAGCUGCGGACAUAACAGACGGACCCGUAAAACCAGGCAGCUUCGUGCACAAGCAUACUGAAACCUCAGGAAGGUCAACGAAACCAAGCAAGUUAAGAUGGCAGAUAGACACCAACAGAUUAAUGUUACCAAGGGGGCUAAAGGGGAGGAUGACUUGCCUCUCCCUCCCCCUCCCCUCCCAAGAGCACCCCAGGAGAGUUUGCCUGGCCCAGAGGAACAAAGUCAUGCCUUCCUCCCCGUGGUGCCACCCAAGGAGACAUUCUCCACCUUCUACCAACAGCGACAGAAGAGCGAGUUGAAAAGGCUCUUCAAGCACAUCCACCCUGAGCUGAGGAAGAACCUUGACAACGUUGUAGACGAUGAGCUGGUCGAGGUACUGAACUCAGAGACCAAGCAAGCAGACAUGGGUUACCAGGGUGAAGUUCAGUCCAUGAGGUGGAUAUUUGAGAACUGGAGCCUGGACAGCAUCGGAGAUCCUCACUUGACUAAGAAGUUGCUAGAGGAGGAAGUGCCACAAAGAGGAGAUGUCAGGGGCACCUCCUCAAUUUUCGAACGUGUGGAACUCGACAGUGCUCAGCACUCCUCUACACUCUCGAGGUGCGGGUCCAUAAAAGGGGAUGUUCACACGGCUACCUGGUUGUUUGAAACACAAUCCUUGGACACCCUCAGUAAGACAUACCCAGAAGAAGGAGAGCUGGUAGAGGCUGUGUUGAAGGAACCCAUUCAGCAGGGGGAUGUAAAAGGAACACAGCAGCUCUUUGAGUCUAAGCCUCUGGAUGCUUUAGGUCGUUGCACCUCUGUUGAGGAUCAGAGCAUUUUCAAGCUGAAGUCAGAAAUACAAGAGCAGAAAGGGGACGUCAAGAAGACAGUGAAACUGUUUCAGGCAGAACCCUGCUGUGUUAUUAGGGACAGCACCGGAAAUGUCCAUGAGAUUAAGUCCAUCUGUAGGGAAGAGAUCCAAAGCAACAACGUGAAGACAGCACGCUGGCUGUUUGAAACCCAACCCCUGGAUGUCAUUAACAAGGAUGCAUCCAAGGUGCAGGUCAUCCGGGGUAUCUCCCUGGAAGAGGCCCAAAAAGGUGGCGUUGACAAGAAGAGAUGGAUGUUUGAAACACAACACCUGAGCGCCAUUCAUGAAAGUAUCCAAGAAGACAAGUUUCAGGGAACUAUCAGCGUCGUGGAAGCCGCUGAUGUCGGAAACAAGAGACAGAUGUUUGAAACUCAGCCCCUAGCUGCACUGAAGGGUGAAGCCACCACUGAAAGCUUGCCCAAGGAGGAGAUAGUAGGAGGGGAUGUACAGUCCACCUUGUGGUUGUUUGAAACCCAGCCAAUAGGCACCCUGAAAGACAGCUAUGAAGUUGGACGUCUGAAAAAAGUUACAGUGACUAACGAAGAGAAGGGGUCAGUGGAAAUCAGAAAAAAUACAUUUGAAACCAGCCCCCUUGAUAGCAUCAGCAAAGAGAUGACAGAGAGAGGAGUAAAAUGCAAUGCAGAGGAGAUUGAAAAGGGAGACGUUAAGUCCUACAAGCACCUCUUUGAAACAAUUCCGAUUGGCGAUAUUUCUCAGGCUGAAAAUCUUCAAACUGAAAAGCAAGGGGAAAUUAUAGCAGAGAAUGUUAAAGGCAACAUUACGCUGUUUGAGACCACCCCACUGUAUGCCAUUAAAGACUGUUUGGGAAAUUUUCACGAAGUCACAACUGUGAGCAGAGAACAAUCUAUAAAAGAAAAUGUCCAAAAUUACAGGUGGAUGUUUGAGACCAGACCUAUGGAUCAAUUUGGUGAUAAAAAGGCAAAAGUGGAGAUCAUUAAAGGCAUCACAAGGCAGGAGGAUCAAGCUGGUGACGUAAAGAUGGCAAAAUGGCUUUUUGAAACACAGCCCUUGGAUAGCAUUAACCAGAGGGAGCAGCUUUCCUCAGUUCAACAGGAGGUGACACAUAAAGGGGACGUUAAGAAUUGCAAAUGGUUAUUUGAAACUCAACCUAUGGACAUAUUGUAUGAGAAGUCUGAGAAGAUACCUGAAGAGGAAGCAAUGCCGAAGAUCAAUGUAAAGUCACACACCUGGCUUUUUGAGACUCAGCCUUUGGACGCCAUUAAAGAUAGUGAUGAGCUUCAGCUGAAACUGUGCAGCACAUUUCAAGAUGAUGCAACAAACAACGUUGAUGUGAGGAUGGUGAGGCACCUGUUUGAGACGGAAACUCUAGACAGCAUGGGAAGGAAGGCAGACACAGACCAAGAUGUCAGGUAUGUCAGUAAGGUCCACAUACAGUCUGGAGACGUUUCUCGAGUCAAAGAGGUAUUUGAGUCAAAAUCAGUGAAUGAAAAAGCAACAGCCUUGGCCAGGGUAUAUGAAACUGAAGAGCAAAACAUUAAUAUUCAGACAGGCUGUGUUCGUAGGUCUACCUGGCUAUUCGAGAACAACCCUAUUGACACCAUUAAAGAAGAAGACAGCAACAAAAACAUAUCUCCUGUCAGCGAUGUGCAGGGUGGAGAUGUUGGAAACAAGAAGCUUAUAUUUGAGACAUAUUCUUUAGAUAAAAUCCAUGACAAAGAAAGGAGUCCCGAACAUCAGUCUGUUUUUGUUGAGAAGCCUGCUACGAGCGUAGAUGUUAAAUCCAGUACUAUGCUGUUCGAGUCCCAGCCUUUAUAUGCCAUAAGAGAUAAAGAAGGACAAAUUCAUGAGGUCACCACAGUCAAGAAAGAAGAGGUGCUGAGUGGGGAUGUGAGGGGAGUUCAGUGGCAAUUUGAAACGAAACCCUUAGACAUUAUAAAACCACAGGAAGAGGUUUUUGUGAUCCGAGCUGUUACUCAAGAAGAUGUCGUCAAGGGUGAUGUAAAAUCAGCACGAUGGAAGUUUGAAACACAACCACUGGACUCCUUUACAAGCCAAGAGGAGGACAGCAUCAGGACCGUAGUAGACAUUGAAAAAGGUGAUGUCCAGCAAAACAAGCAGCACUUUGAAUCUCAAGGAGCUUCCUGUCAAAAAUUUGUGAGGAUGGUCAGCGUCAGGGAUGUCCAAGAAGGUAAUGUUAGAACCUCCAGCUGGCUCUUUGAAAAUCAACCUAUAGACACCCUGAAAGGUGAGCUUCAGGAACAGUCCACUGUGAAGACAGUACAUAGACUGGACAGUCAUAAAGGCGAUGUGAAACGGUGUACGUGGCUAUUUGAGACGCAACCAUUGGAUACCAUCAAGCAAGUGGAUCCCUCUGCAGCCAGUUUAACUCAUGAGGCAAUACCUCAAGCAGAUGUGAAGAGCACAACUUGGAUGUUUGAAUCAACACCACUUGACAGGAUCAGUUUUCAAAGGAGAGAAGAUUCAGAGAAAGGUGUGAAGGAAACUUUGAAUUGUCUCCACUACUUUAAGGUUAUUCACGCACAGGGGAUUGUUAUAGAAGCAAAUGAGACUCAUGGGAAAAGUGUGAAAAUGGCAAAAUAUCAAUUUAUAAAUAAUCAAGGGCCAAGUAUCCUAAAAGAAGAGACAGUUGAAGGGAAUAUCAAGAACAUUAUUCUGCAGCUGUUACUCAGAACAAACCUAACACACCAGAUAGUUCUUGUAAAAGAGGAUGAGCAUGGACUUGUUGAAACCACCAGAAUGCAGAUUCCAACCACUGAAGCAGAAUCCACUGCACAUUCAGACCAGGGACAAAAAAUGGCAAAUGUUGCACAGGUCAUAACAGGUCUACUCAGUUAUGACGAGACUCGGAAAGAAGGAAUUGUGAUGCAAGAAACUGAGAGCGGCUAUGCUGCGAUGACUGUGUAUUCACUUUCCAGUCACUACGAAAAUCAAACCGAUAGUCAUGAAAUAACAAAGGGAAAUGUGAGAUCGACUAUUGGGAGCCUCUUAUCUACUGGCCAAGACCACAAGGCCCAGGCUUCAUUUCAAUUUGAAGAAAACGAGAGAGGAAAUGUGAAUCUAUACAAGAGUUGCAUUGAAAAAGGAGACCUUGAGUAUCUUAAAAGUCUUCAAACAGAACCAUCAGAGAAUGAUUCUCCACUGAAGGAGCCAGUCGAGAUUAUUCAUGGAGAUAUCAAAGAAGCAAAGAGAAAUCUGAACCAACAAAAAGAGAAGGUAGAACGGACAGUCCUGGACAUAGUGCGGGGUGAUGUUAAGAACGUCAAAAAAGUCUUCUCUGAAGGUUCUACUGAGCAAGGUCACAUGCAGAAGGAAGAAAUCAUCCGUGGUGACGUUUCCUUGGCCAAACACUCUCUGGGGCAGGCAGCAAAUCAGCCCAUUGUACUAGAAAAGGAGGAAAUCGUUUCUGGGGACAUCAAGGCAGUAAAAGAAUCCCUUGAACAAGCAAAGAAACAAAGCAUGCGGGUGGAGCGUGAAAUCAUUAUCCCUGGAAAGAUUUAUGAUUUGGAUGUGUCAUCACAGGAAGCCUGUGAAACAACAGGAAACCAAACCACUGUAUCAAAGGAAGAAAUCAUAUCAGGCAAUGUCAAGGCUGCAAAACAAUCACUGGAGCAAGCGAAGAGGCAGGGUAUGCGAGAAGAACGAGAGUUCGUUAUUCCAGGCAAAAUUUAUGAUCUGAAUGUUUCCACCUCAGAUGACACUUCACAACAAAUUCAGAAUAACAGUACAAAUCAACAAACAGUGACCCAAGAAAUAGCUUCCACACAGGGUCAGAUACACCAAAACCUUAUUACCACUCAGAAGAGCACGAGUGUCCAGCAAGCAAGGAGUCUGCACACGUCCGUGCAAGUCUCGGAAAAAACGGAAACGUCCUCCGUCUCAACCAUGAAGGAGAUGAGAAGUCAGCAGAUGACAUCAAGUCAUCAAAAGGUCAGUGUCUCCGAGGAGGAACUGGGAUCUGAUGAAACACAUAAAAUCACAAGGGGCAGAGACGUCAGGGUCACCAUAGGUGAUGCUGAUCCAGAGCGUUCCAUUGUAAAUCCUUUUGUAAGUUCAGAGAAUGGAGACAGAGAGAAUAAUGAAGCUGCUGUUGUGAGAGGAGAUAUAAAAGCUGCUCUGAAAUCUCUGCAGAGCCCUGCUGCGGCACAGCCAGUAGAAAAAGAAGAAGUUGUAAGAGGUGAUAUGCAGGCAGCUCUUCGGUCCCUUGAAAAGUGUAGUAUUAAUGUGUCCAAGGGAGAUUUCAGAGCUGCGAUGAUAUACAGAAAUGCAGGACAGUCUUAUUCAGAGAGCAGAAAGAAGCAAAAAACGGAGAGUGAAAAAUCUGCUGGUAAGCAGCCAGAUUUAGCACCUGUGCUUCCAUCUGACACUGAGUUGUCUCCUUCAGUUUCAGUGAUUUACGAGGAAAGGCCAGUCACCGGAACACUGAAGCUGGCACCCGUGGCAGACCCCAGCCCUGACGCAAGCUCAGAUAGGACAAAUGCUUCUUCAGCUUUUGCCAGGCAAUUGCAGAACCCACCACCGCUGCCUCCCAAAGUGUGUGACAAACCGUCAACUAUUAAGCCAAUCAUUCCUCCAAAACCACCAUGUUUAAACACAGCCCCUGGACAAAAUUUCAGAACUAGGCCUGUCUCUGCAAAACAGCCUGAGCACCACAGGAAUAGUCAGCAAACUCCAUUAAUUCCACCAAAACCCAAACACCAACAACAAAGAGAACUUUCUCCCCCGCCAUUACCUCCAAAGCCUUUGAUCUGUCAAGAAAACGAGCAGAAGGACUCUGCACACAACAAAGCUUUCAAAGACUGUCACAGUGAGGGAACAACCACUAAAACAGUCCAAGGACAUUCUUUAAACUUUGGCUACACCAAGGAACAUGAAGCUGUUGACAAAGAAAUAAUUUUGUGCCCUGGAGAAAUUAAGCAAACAAAAGAGAUUCACCCAACAAAUGAAGUGGAAGAAAAGGUCACAAAAACUAUUAGUAAAAAAACAGCCAUCAUUAGCAGUGAUGAUGAAAAGGAAGGGGACAAGCAGGGGCCACAAAAAAUUAAUGCAGCGGAAGAGAUCCGUGCGUGCAUGCAGAGUUACUCAGAAGACGGAGAGGCCAAGAGUGAAAUUAACCAAAGUUUUCAAGCCGCUCUUCAAAACUUUGGAGGGCGAAAAAAUAGUAACACUCCGAUUUUUCCCAGGAAAAUUAAAGUAACUCGAGAUGAGGUUAGAGAUGAGAGAGAGAAGGACAGCUGUAUUAAACUGACACAGGGCUGCUCAAAGGAUGCCGGCCAACAGGGUGACGAAGCUGGUCCUCAAGGGUCUCAUGCCUCAGUAGCACAGUCACCUGCUAUAGAAAGCUCCUGCAAUAAUGAAGAACGCCACGAAGAAGGAGAGACAAAAGUAGUUAUGAGGGAGAAAAAAGCUAAGAAAGAAACAGAAGAUGAGCGCCGACAAAGGCUGUCGGUGCACAAAGAAGAAAUAAUGAGAGGCAACGUGAAGGCGGCGAUGGAAAUCUUCGAAAAUCUGAGGAAACGGGAAGAGCUUAAGAUAAUUCUUUCGAAAGUAGCAGAAAUAGAGGGUGAGACCAGUGAAGUCGACGUUAGGUCCAUGAAGAACUUAUUUGAGAAUGUGCCUGCCUGGAUCGUGGCUCCUGGUAAAAAUAUGACACAUGGUAAGUCUACAGGGGAAACGAAGGCAAGAAGAACACAGUCGACAAAAGAUGACAUAGACGGUAUCUCUUCAGUUGAGGUUGCCUUUGGUGAUCUUGAAAGAGCAAGUGCAGAGAUAAUCCAUCUGAAAGAGCAGACUUUAACUAAACUUAUGGACAUAGAAGAGGCAAUAAAGAAAGCGUUGUAUUCUGUCUCCAACUUGAAAUCAGAGUCUGACAUCGCUGGCCUGUCUGGACUCUUCAAAGAGUCCCUUGGAACCGUGCACAGCUCUCCUGCCACUAACAAUAUAAGGAAAAUAAGCAUAGUUUCCAGCAAAGCUAAAAUAGAACGAGGGAAAGAACCAGACAGGGCCCCAAAAAGCACCCCAAAGCCAGAGAGCAAGAAGGUUGGAAAAUCAGUAGAAACCCAAAGACCAGCUCAGGAUGUGGCCAAAAUGAAAUCAUGUACUGGUUCUCAGUCUUCCCCAUCCUUCAUCUCCAUUCAGUCAGCUGCAAGGAAACCAGCAGAGGCCCCCAAAGUACCAACAGCUUCUCAUCAGCAAAACGGUCCGGCCCGCUGCAGGCCUGAUGCAUAUCAGUCCAAAGUAAAUGGCUCCGCCUCAAAGCCCAGCUUUUACAGUCCGCUUAACUCCCGACGGAAUGUCAGUGUACUAGAGCUGCAAACUGUGCCUGAACCAGCAGAUAUAAUUGGCACAAAGACCAUUAGCGAAAAAUACGAAAAGACAGAUUGCUUCGGUAACAAGUUUGUCUCCUCUAAGACUUCUACUAUCGUCACGAAGCAAGCGGAGACAAAGACAUCGUCCACUUACGAAGCAGUCUCCACCCCCAGCCGAUAUGACGUCUUGACAUCUCCUCCUGCUCAGAGGUCUGCUAAGAUGUUCUCAGAAAAUCCUCAGCCCAAAGUUAAUGAGAGCGGAAGAGUUUUUGUCACAUUUGGUCACCCAAGGCCAGCAAAGCCCUGAAAAAAAAUGACAGAGUGACUCUUUUUGUGUGUUUAUCCUAAGACCUGAUGCUUUGCAAUAACCAGCUUGUCGAUUUUUUUAGUCGCACUAGAUUUUCAUGUUCCAAAAUACAAAUUUUUGUACUUAAAUGUAUAUUGUAUUUAUGAUUGAAUUUGUAUAAUUAUAUGAAAUUUUGUAUUUCAUAAACUCUUAUAUUUCAAUGCAGUUUUACUGGCCUUUCUGUACUGAUAUAUCUACUGAAACAAACUGUAGUGAAAUGUGUAUGAUUACAAGUAAUGAAAUAAAUAUCAUUAUAAAUAAAUAAUUGCUUCCUAUGUUA